UUUAGCGUCGGGGAUUAUCUUUGCUCCUCCACCUUUAUUUUGAAUCCGUUUUAUAAAUAUUUACGGGCAUUAAACAAUUACACAACAUCUGUAAACUGUUCUGAAUAGGUUCCGAGCCGCGGAGACAGGUUGACCGGACACUCAAGGACAACAAAGCAGUUACUGAACCUGCAGGUAGGAACACAGAGAAGCACACGAUGGCCAGCCAGCAGCGCUUUGUGAUCAAUGCCCGCAUCAUUGCAACUGUUCUCAGAAGCACACCAAGACUCAAGAUGUUCAUGAUGUCUGUGAUGUGGUCUGAUGAGGCUGAAGUGAUCAUUUACAGAUCCUUCCAGGAUUUCAAGGAAUUUCAUGGGCAGCUGAAAAAGACCUUUCCUCAUCUGAACCCUUUCCGGAAAAAUGACAGAGUGAUCCCCAAAUUUAAGGGAAGGGCCAUGAGGAGCAGCCUCCAGCAGAAGGGAUCCAAGCGAUCUGUCCAACGCAUGAAGUUUCUGGAGAGCUACUGUGAUGAGCUGCUCAAGUGCGACCACACGGUGACACUGAGCUCAGCGGUCACUCACUUCUUCAUGCCCAAAGACCAUGACCUGCAGUCAGACUUCACCAAGAACUGCAUCAUGAUCCUGCAGUCUGACGGGUCGGUUGAAGGAGGAGAGGGUGUCACUCGCCAGCAUGCAGGCAGCAUUACCCACCCGUUUGUCACCCAGACCUACAGCUGCGUGGCUCCUUUUGAGACAAAGGACACAAAGAAUCGUCCAUUUAAGGUUGCUGUGAAUGAGAAGCUGGAUGUCCUGAUCAAAGACCCUGCAGGUUGGUGGCUGGUGGAGAAAGAGGAUAAGUGCCUUGCUUGGUUUCCUGCUCCCUAUCUGGAGUUGUGGGAAGGAGAGGAUGAUGAUGCUGGAAUUCAGCUGACAGAUGCUGAGUUGAAAAACUGA